CUCAUCCAAAAAAUAUCUCGAAAAUAGCUUAUGCAUAUCAAAAAUGUACGAGCUUUAUAAACAAGAAAUGUUGGAUAAAAAUAUUCCUGAAAUUGAUACUCCAAAGCUGUGGCUAUACACCGAGAUAUUUAACAAUGAAUUCAACUAUUCAUUUAAAGUUCCCGAUAACGACAACGACACGUGUGACCAGUGUUCAACUGAAGCAGUCGGCUCCUGAAGAACGGAUGGUCGUACAAAGAGAGUAUGAUCAGCAUCUGACUGAAUCCAGUGACAGGUAUGCCCUCAAAAGACAAGAUAAAUCAAACUCGAAGGUAAACAAAAAACAGAAGGUGUUGACAGUUGAUCUAGAAAAAUGCUUACCAACACCAGCCAUAACGAAUGCUCAAAGCUUCUAUUCUUUAAAAUUGUGGACAUUCAACUACACAAUUAAAGAUGUCUCCAAAAAUCACACAACUUGUUGUGUGUGGGAUGAGAGUGUUGCAGGUAGAGGGGGAAAUGAAAUGGCAUCUUGCUUACUCAAAUGGGCGCUUGUCAAUGUUGGCAAAGACGUUGAAGAGAUCACUAUAUGGUCAGAUAACUGUCCAUCACAAAAUCGCAACAUUAACUCAGUUUUAGCUUACUUUACAAUUUUAAAGCAGAUACCAACGUUAAAAGUAAUAAAUCACAAAUAUCUUCUAAGGGGGCAUACUCACCUAGAGGUAGAUAGUGAUCAUUCAUUAAUAGAGAGAGCAAGAAAAAUAAUGACUAAAUUCCAAAUCAUGACUCCAUGGGAUUGGCAACAGCUGGUGCGAAUUUCUAGUACCAGUAAUCCAUUUGAGUUUCCAUCUGAACCACCACUGAAGACGCGUGACGUGCAUUGUCCUCUAGAAAACUGCCACCGAAGCACGUAUGCAGAGGGAGAUGGAGAGAGACAUGCAUCCUGGAUAAACGCUGCAAUGAAUUAA